AUGAACGCCAUUCGGCAGACCCAGCUUCUGAACAAGCGCGAGUUAGAAAAUGCGACGCCACCUUCUGCCUCGUGGCACGCCGACUACAGAGACACCGCCUGGAUCUACGUAGGGGGCCUGCACCUGGGCUUGACGGAAGGCGACGUGGUGAUCAUCUUCUCUCAGUACGGCAACCCCACGCACCUCAAUCUCAUCCGCGACAAAGAAACUGGCAAGAGCAAAGGGUUCGCGUUCCUGAAAUACGAGGACCAGAGGAGCUGUGACCUGGCCGUGGAUAACCUGGGGGGCGCCGAGGUGUUGGGGCGCCUCUUGAGGGUUGACCACACCCGAUACAAGAAAAAGGAUGACGAGGACGAAGACACGUACCGGAUCGAUAGGCUGGAAGCCCAGGCGGAGGCUGAAGAAGAGGUCAAUGGAAAUGGUAAAAGAGAGAGCGACAACACCGAUGACGAAGGCGACAGUGAAGACGGGCACAAGAGGAAACGGAGACGGCAUCUAAUCAAAGAAGAGAAGGAGCUAGAGGAACUGCUCGCCAUAAAGCAAGAAGGCGAAGAAGAGGAUCCCAUGAGAGAAUAUCUGAUUAGAGAGAAACGGGAGGAGAUUGAGAGGGCAAAGGAAAGGCAAAAGGAGAAACGAAGACACAAGCAUCGACAUCGACGGAGAGAUGACAGCGUGGAUGAGGCGAACAACAAUACCGACAAAGAGGGCGGGCACCACCAUAGACAUCGGCCUCGAGAUUCUGAAGACGCUGGGAGGAGAAAACACCGAGACAGCAGCGAGCGAAUAGAAAGGCACGGGCGAGAUGAAGGCAACGACAAAAGACAACGAGGAAAGCACGAGCACCGAGACGCGCGAUACGACCGAGAUAGAGACAGGGACAGAGAUGGGGAGCACCGUCACAGAUAUCACCGACGUGAUAGUAGGGAGAGGAAGCCUUCGCGAGACCGCGAUCGUGUGUCGACCAGGCGUGAUGAUUAUUGA